UCCUGACAGAUCUUCAUAUAAAAAAGUUGUAAAUUCUUUGUAAUGGCUAACAAGAAAGAGCCUCCUUUUUUCAAUGAAGAUAAUAUGGGACCAUUUCACUACAAGCUUCCUUUCUAUGAAACUAUGGAGCUCUUCAUUGAAACACUCACAGGAACAUGCUUUGAACUACGAGUUUCUCCCUUUGAAACAGUUAUUUCUGUGAAAGCUAAAAUUCAAAGACUGGAAGGUAUCCCUGUCUCUCAACAGCACUUAAUUUGGAAUAAUACAGAGCUGAAGGAUGACUAUUGUUUGAAUGAUUAUAACAUUUCAGAAGGCUGCACUCUGAAGUUAGUUCUGGCUAUGCGAGGUGGACCUAUUAACACUAGAAGAGUUCCUGUGGAAGACCCUAUCAGGGAAAUGGCUGAAUACUUGGAUCCCAGUAGAGAUGAGAUCUGGGAGAAAGGGCCAUCCAACAGACAAGUUACCUUCUUAGUAUAUCGAGAAGGAGAUCAGUUGAAUUUCUUCCGUGUGGUGGAUCGGGGAGAUGGCACUUUAACACCGUUAUCUGAGUCUUUGAGGUAAAAGGGUGAACACAAACUUCCUUUUAUUUUCAGCGGUGGUUCUGUUUAUAACUUAUAUGCUGAUGAUGAAGAUGAGACAGAGGCAUCACCUUCUGGACAACAGAUUAUUGAGAAUUCAAUUACUAUGAAUAAAAUGAAACUACUAAAGGCAAAGAUGGAAAGCAUGAAUCUGAGUAAAAAGCCUAAGAAAACUGUCAAGGUGAAACCUCGUCCUCCAAUGGCUCCUCGACCAUCUAGUGGCUCAAUGGCUGCUGCUCGUCACCGCUUUUUAAGAGUGCUCCCCCAUAUUGGACAGUCCUGCCUACCUCCUCCUGGGAAUUCAUAUCCCUCAGAGUCUUCUCAAAAUGCACUUUCAGCAUUGGCUACUUUGGCCACUGCUGGUAGAACAAUGCCAUCCACAACGAAUGACUUUCUUGAGGAAGAUGACACUUGGCAGAGCAACUCUUGGUCUCAGUCGGUUAGUAGCAUCAGAUUACCACCGAAAAUAUCUCGUGUUGACCUAGAAAAUGCAAAACUACCAACAAAUAGUAUUCUGACUCCUGUUUCGUCUCUGCCUGCGAAUUCAGAAAAAGUAUCUGAAAGUGUGACCUCAACAAGUGAGGAGGAUGCUGUUUUUUUUCCAAAUCUAACAAAUGUAGAACUGUAUGGAACAGAAGAAAAACUUCUACCGGAAACAGAUGCUUUUGCGUCAUUAACAGAAGCAAGCACCACUGAACAGUGUAGUGAGAUAUAUGACAUAGGAAAGGUGAACCCAGAACUUGAACUGUCUGAUGGAGACGAAGAAUCUAAGGUUGUAGAGCAGCACAGAAAACCUAUCAGCAAAGUGCUCAGUGCUGCAGCAAUGGGGGCUGGUCUUCUCAGUACUCAUGAAUUAAGUCCACAGAAAAAUCUGCUUUUGUCACCUCUUCGGUACUCAGCACAAGUGGCACGUCACAGUUCUCUGAAACCACAAACACAACCCAAAUGCUUUGAGGCUGGUAAUUUGAGAUCUACAGCCUCCUCAAAUGUGCUUCGAUCAUUGGAAAUCCGUAGUAUACCAGACUCCUCUUUUUCUAGGACUACUAGAUUUUGUAGCGUGAAAGUAGAGUCACUUGGCAAAAGACCUGAUGUAAUUUCUAAAGCAGAAGCUAGGGACAUCACAGAUGUGGCAAACAAGGCGUCCAAAGAACCUAUGAGUUCUGUAAGCAACUUAGGAUUUCUGGCUUCGCUGGCCCGAAGCACAAACAGGGAAAGUUUGCAGAGUUCCUGUGGGACAGGCAGGUUUCGGACUUCUGGUAUUGCACUACCUACAAACCUUCAGCAUUUUCAGGAAGAAAGCUUUAGGAAAACUGGUCCUUCAAAUGAAGCUGCUGAAUAUAUUCUAUCUGCGCAUGGGCUUGGAAUGAAUGGUAAAAAUGUCUUUGCUGUCUUUCUACCUCUGAAAGCAGGUGAAACAACCCAUCUUCCGCCUGUGAAUGGCUCAGUUCAAGCAAAAAAGAAAAUUACAAAGCAUUGCUUUCUUUGUGGCAAGAAAACUGGAUUGGCAACCAGCUAUGAGUGCAGAUGUGGAAACAACUUCUGUGCAACACACCGCUAUGCAGAGACUCAUACCUGCACCUACGACUAUAAGAGUGCAGGGCGAAGGUAUCUGCAGGAGACCAAUCCCGUCGUUAGUGCACCAAAGCUUCCCAAAAUCUAACAUACCUGUGCUGCAUGUGGCCGUUCCACCAUUGAAGAACUGUACUACGUUGAGAGCAGGACUUGCUUAAACUGCAUAAUUUUGCCAUGCUCCAUAUCUAAAGAUUUACCAAGUAACAAAAGCACAUGAGGAUGCAUCCUAUCGAAGAAUAAUGUGAACACUACUGCAAUUAAAACUUUUCUUCUUUAGUGAAUGAAAAGUCAAAGAUUAGUUUUUACAAUUUAACUGUUACUGCACGUUGUGUCGUGUUUUAUAUUUGGAAAAGCUGUUUCACUAGACAAGUCUUGAAAAGAUGCACUUUACUAACUUUAUUUACUGUAUAACCAGACUUGAGGGAGUGUUGUAAUGAGGGUGUCAUGUAUUGUCUCCUGUACUCUUGCGUUUUUUGUCCAUUGAGUGGUAUCUUCUAAGUUAUUUCACUAGAAAGAUCCUCUUCCCUCCCCUUUAUUCAAACAGC